UCAGUAGCUUCCGGGCUGGUAGCACAUACCCGGUGAUGCUCAGAUUUUAACAGUUUUACUCAAUUUUAGAUUCAUUUUAUGCGAGACUUAGUGUGACUUAUAACCAACUACACUGUGUUGAAAGAUUUUAUCAAUAUGAUGUCAGAGCUUUGGUUAUAAGGAUUAAUAUACCCGUUCCAGUCCCGCAGAGGCUAAGGCGUAGCGGUUGAGAAAAGAGAUCUGGUUGACUUGCUGCACAAAACAAACCCCCGCCUGCAACCUUCCCCCUCAGUAGCAAGUCAGAAUACUUACAGAGGAGUCACAAGUGCGGAGUUUCAUUGCUCUGCUGGUUUGAUUCACCUCCAGCGCUGACUUCAUUCUUAAAGAUGAAGUUGAAGGAGGACAUGAACCCCCUGCUGUUGCAGGUCUUCCGCUCUGUGGUCUGGGUCUACUCCGUCAUCACCUUCAUACCCUGGUAUUUCUUCUCCGGAGCUGGCGCCAAUUUGGAACAGGCUCGCCGGAUCAAGGCGCGCUCGAUAAGCAGACACCCAGCAGGGCCUUACAGGGCCAUCAACAGCCAAGGAAAGCUGGUAGCAUGGCUGCAUCCUGGGGUGGACACCCUGGACAAAAUGUUUGAACAUGCCACCAGGAGGUUUCCACAGAGAGACUGUCUGGGCACCAGGGAGGUGCUCAGUGAGGAGGAUGAGCUCCAGCCGAACGGGAAGGUCUUCAAGAAGGUGAUUCUGGGGAACUACAACUGGCUGUCGUACGAGGAAGCCUACCAGGCAGCAAAGAGUUUUGGUAGCGGUCUUGCAGCUCUCGGCCAAAGGCCUCAGUGUAAAAUCGCCAUCUUCUGUGAGACCAGAGCAGAGUGGAUUGUGGCAGCACAAGCCUGCUUCAUGUACAAUUUCCCACUUGUGACCCUGUACUCCACUCUUGGACCCACGGCCAUUGCCCACGGCCUGAACGAGACAGAGGUCACACACAUCAUCACAAGCAAAGACCUGCUUCAUAGCCGGCUUAAGGCCAUACUGAGUGAUGUUCCGAGGCUGCAGUAUAUCAUUGUAGUUGACAGUAAACCCACAAGAUGGCCAGACAUCCCCAGAGGCAUCAUGGUUUACAACAUGGAUGCUGUGAAGGAGAUUGGAUCCAGGCCUGAAAAUAUCGCAGUUGGACGCAGACAGCCGCAGUCCUCGGACAUCGCUGUCAUCAUGUACACCAGCGGCUCCACUGGCAUCCCCAAGGGUGUCAUGAUCUCCCAUGGCAACAUCAUGGCUGGCAUCACUGGCAUGGCUGAGCGAAUCCCUGACCUCAAUGAGACAGACACCUACAUUGGCUACCUGCCGUUGGCCCACGUUUUAGAGCUCAGUGCUGAACUGGUGUGCAUCUCUCAUGGCUGUCGCAUCGGCUACUCCUCUCCUCAGACCCUAGCCGACCAGUCCACUAAGAUAAAGAAGGGCAGUAAAGGGGAUACCAGCGUGCUGAAACCUACUCUCAUGGCUGCCGUACCAGAGAUCAUGGAUCGCAUCUACAAGAAUGUGAUGACCAAAGUGGAGGAGAUGAGCAAGUUCCAGAAGACGCUCUUUGUGCUGGCUUACAACUACAAGAUGGAGCAGAUCUCCAAGGGCUACAGCACGCCUCUCUGUGACAGUCUGGUGUUCAAACGGGUGCGUGCGCUCUUGGGAGGGAAACGGGUGCUGCUUUCUGGCGGAGCACCACUCUCAGCUGCCACACAGCGCUUCAUGAACAUCUGUCUGUGCUGCCCUGUGGGGCAGGGCUAUGGCCUGACGGAGACCUGUGGAGCUGGCACCAUCAGUGAGGUGUGGGACUACAGCACGGGACGUGUUGGUGCUCCACUUGUUUGUUCAGAGAUCACACUGAAGGACUGGGAGGAGGGUGGUUACUACAGCACAGACAAGCCCAACCCACGGGGCGAAAUUUUGAUCGGCGGGCCCAAUGUAACGAUGGGUUACUACAAAAACGAAGCCAAGAACCGCGAGGACUUUUUUGUGGAUGAGAACGGCCAGAGAUGGUUCUGCACUGGAGACAUUGGAGAGUUCCACCCCGACGGAUGCCUCAAGAUCAUCGACCGUAAGAAGGACCUGGUGAAAUUGCAAGCAGGCGAGUACGUCUCUCUAGGAAAAGUGGAGGCUGUUUUGAAGAACUGCCCUCUCAUUGACAACAUCUGUGCCUAUGCCAACAGUGACCAGUCAUACGUGAUCAGCUUUGUGGUGCCUAAUCACAAGCAGCUAAUGGCGCUGGCAGAGCAGAUGCAGGUGAGGGGCACAUGGGAGGAGAUCUGCAACAACCCCCUGAUGGAGAAAGAGGUCCUCUGCAUCAUUACUGAAGCUGCUAUCUCAUCAAAACUGGAGCGAUUUGAGAUCCCCAAGAAGAUCCGGCUGAGUUCUGAGCCCUGGACACCAGAGACUGGCUUGGUCACUGAUGCAUUCAAACUGAAACGCAAGGAGCUCAAAACGCACUACCAGGAAGACAUUGAGAGGAUGUACGGUGGAAAAUAACACAGACAGACUCCCAACAACACAUAAACACAUACACAUAUAAACUUGCACACACACACAAGGAGCUCAGAAGCCACUACCAGGACAACUUGGAGAGGAGUUAUACUUUAGAUACAGGUAACACACACACACACACACACACACACACACACACA